UAUGAGGUGGAUACAUGGCUUGCAAUGAAUCAAGUUACCGUAGAGGGCGAUGACUUGCCUCGUCCUGUUUUCGAGUUCGCUGAAGCGAGUUUCCCGCCCUACGUCACUGACAUGCUUCUGGCAAAUUUCAAAAAACCGACGGUGAUCCAGUCGAUCUCAUGGCCAAUUGCACUAAGCGGCCGAGACAUGGUUUCAAUUGCAAAAACCGGUUCCGGCAAAACACUGGCGUUCAUUCUGCCCGCAAUUGUUCACACUGCUGGGCAAUCGCCGCGAGGUCACCAGAAAAGCCCAUCAGUGCUGGUGCUUUUGCCUACAAGAGAAUUGGCUCAGCAAGUUGAUGAAGUCGCGAAGCUUUACUGUAAGGUGAUGAAUCUGUCAGUGACUUGUCUGUUCGGUGGUGCUCCA